AUGAAGAAAGAGCCGGGCCACUCCACCGAUGAUGCAGCAGUUCUCGAACUGCAAAACGAGAGGAAGCUCCUGUUGCAAAAGCAGGAUGAGUUGAACCGGAAGAUUGCACUCCUGGCUGAGAGGCUGCCGGGCACCGCUUCCACGUCGGGUGCUCCCACAUCGGGUGCUCCAGUCACUCGAUGCAGCAUCCCCGAGCCCCACAAGGACACCGAAGAAGAUCAGUCCUCGGAUGAUGCGGGCGACAAUGACGAGGGCGAGGGCGACGAUGGGGAUUGGGGACUGGGUUCAGUCUUAUGCCCCAAGACGGGGAAAGUGACAAAGUGGCAUAUGGAUGUUCUCACGGCCGACGCCGUGAAGCAGCGAUUGCGGCGCAUGUGCAAACGCCGGAAAUCCGGCAAAGUGCCCGGAGGGGAAGAGGCCUUCGAGUCCUACAAGGAUGUCGGAAACCGAAAGCAGCUUGCAAAGCUCCUAGUGGAUGCGAAGUUCAACGAGGAGAAGGAAAAGAGCUUGACCGUCGACGCAGGCUGGUACACAGAGCAGGAGAUGAAGGAGAAGCUACAGUAUGAUUCGUGCCUUGGAUGA